CGUCUCUCGAUUUCAACGCCAGCGCCAUUUUCACAGUCUCUUGAUAUAUCAGCAGAAAAAAAUGUCUGAUAAUAUUCAGGUUGUUGUGAGAUGCCGAGCACGCAAUCGCCAAGAGAUAGCGGCGAAAAGCCCUGCUAUAGUAGACCUACCGAAUGAUGAACAUUCUGCAGACGAGCCAUUCGUCACCAUCACAAAUGACACGGCUUCCACGCUAUCGGGGCUCGGGAGAUCUUUGCCAACAACAGGGAAAAUCUUCAAAGUGGACCAGGUCUAUGGCCCCAAUGCAGAUCAAGCCUUGUUGUUUGAUAAUGUCGCGAUGCCGUUAUUCCAUGAUUUCAUCUCUGGCCUCAACGUCACGAUAUUGGCGUAUGGACAAACAGGCUCCGGAAAGACCUACUCUAUGUGCGGCGAUUUAACUGGCGAGAAUUCAGGAAUCAUGCCUCGUGUUUUGUCCAAGCUCUUUAAUUCCAUAGACACGGACUAUAUGGUCAAGAUCUCCUGCGUUGAGCUUUACAAGGAAGAGCUCCAUGAUCUCAUAAACAACGAGUUCGACUUGGCGCCUUUUAAGUCAAAGCUUCGCUUGGGGCCCAGCUACACCAACGACAAGCAGUCAACCGUGAUUCACAACUUGACGGAAAUGCAUAUUGAUAGCUGUGAGAUGGGAUUCAACAUCUUGAAGCAAUGUCUAGAAAGAAGAAAAACCAGCGCAACUAAGCUAAACGACAUUUCUUCCAGGUCACAUACUAUAUUCUCCAUUAAUCUUUUCCGCAAGAAGAGCCUGCCCACAGGUUCUGACGAGUACAUCAAGUCUACUAUGAACCUUGUGGAUUUGGCAGGAUCUGAGGACAUAAAUAAAUCAGGUGCCACCAACGAACGUGCCCGUGAAGCAGGAUCUAUUAACCAGAGCUUGCUUGCUCUAGGAAAGGUGAUCAGUGCAUUGAGCGAAGGAAAGGACUCGAAGCAUGUUCCAUAUCGUGAGUCCAAGCUUACUCGCAUUCUUCAAGGCUCCAUCGGAGGUCAUACGAAAACGGCCUUGAUAGCCACCAUUUCUCCCGCGAAGAUCAACGCGUUUGAAACGGUGAGCACUUUGAAUUAUGCGUCCAAAGCAAAAAACAUACGGAAUCUUCCGCAAUCAAUAAGCGACAGUGACGUGGUCAACAAGAAGGUGCUAAUUAAGGACCUCUCAAGUCGCAUAGCCCGGUUAGAGAGGGACCGUAUUUCCGCAGCUGACAAAGAUAAUCAUGUGAAGAUUAGCGUGCAAACGUACAAGGACUUUUGCAACGCGAGCACAGAGUAUGAAACAACUUACAAGGAAAAGGACGCACAAAUUACCAAACUUUCCUCCAAACUUGAAGCCAAAACCAUCGAGGAGUCCAUGAACCAAGAAAUUAUAGCCUCACUUCAAGCACAACUAGACGAGCUGAGACAAGAAUGUGCCCUUAAAAGCUCCGCAUUAUUGAAGUUGCAAGAAGAAGUCGCAAUGAAAGAAACAUUGACUACAAAAAGAGAACAAACUUUCACUACAGCAUGGACAAAUCUUCAGUCCAGGUUCGAAGACAUUAUAGCAGAUGCUAGCUCUUUUGUUGCAGCGAAUUCCUCAAGUCUCACCGAGAACCUUGAAUCUAAACAGAAUAAAAUAGUGGAUUUCUGGAAGACAAGUCUGAAUAAGCUUAACGAAGAACUCAAUAUAUUCUUGAGUCUGUUCGGCCCUGGAUGGAAACAGGAUCUCACUCAACAAUUAAAAGAAGAUCUCGACUUUUCCAAGGAUGCGGAAAAGAUUAGAGUGAUAGAUUUUGGAUCAGAUCUCUCCCACUUCAAAGAUAUUGAGGAGCAAGUCCAGGGCCAAAUCGAGAAUUCAUUAUUGCUGAAAAGUCACGAAGGAGUAGUGAAUGCUAAUUCGGAAAAGGUUGCCCACGACUAUAAGAAACUCAAGGAAGGAUUACUCAUCCAAAUGCGUAAUGCCUUGGAUCUGACUUUCAAUGCCCACCAGGAUGCCAUCUGCAACGCGAUUAAAGCAAACGCGACUCAAGUGUUGUCAGAUUGCGCUUCAAAAACUUCAGAGGCCAUGGGCAAGUUGUCAAAAGGACACACGGAGCUAUAUAAGAGCAUCGAAGCUAGGGCAGAUGAGCAUUCUCGAAAUGUCACUACAUUCAAGAAUAAGCUUGACAGGAAAAUGGAUGGUGCUGGCGCCAGAAUCUACGAUGAAACAAAGUUCAAAAUCAACCGCGGUGUUCAAUCACUCAUACAAUCCAACCUUGAACAUGGCACUAAUUCGGUCGAACUUCUUGAAGAAUGUUUCAGUGAAACAAAAGCCCUUAUGAGCACAUCGAACGAAACUUUCAAAUGCAAGCUUGAAGGCGCCAAGGACAAGAAAACUAAUCCGUUGAGCGAGAUCAAAGACAUAAAUAUCCCGCGGGUCAGCCCGAAAAGAAAGUCGAGUUCAAUCUCACUUCGCUCCCCACAGCGAUAUGAUCAAUUGGAUUUCAAGCGCAAAAAACUACUGGCGUUGGGAAAGACAGACUCGGAAAUAUCGCGCAGUCAGAUCCCGCAAUUGCAAAUUGGUAGAAAGUAAUUCAUUUAAGGUGUUAAAUAGAAUUCGUGUAACUAAUUAUGAUCUUGCACGACCCCGCA